ACAGGAAGAGUAUUACGCAACUCAUCAGUGUUUCUUGACAAACCGGUCGCUGUUCCUGUUAGUCUGGAAUGCCACGGACGGCGAGACCGGCCUGCUCAGCCUUCGCUUUUGGCUUGAGAAUAUCGAGGUUCGAGCUAGAGAUUCCCCAGUUAUCGUGGUGGCUACUCAUGGCGACAGCUUGCCGCAGGCAAAUUACAAGGCCCAUGUUGCCAGCCUCCAGGGCAAACUGCGCGAGCUCUAUUCGCGCGGACCAAACAAGUUUGCGUUCCCCCGCAUAUGCUCGGUGAUGCACGUGGUGAACUGCAAGGACGGCAAACAAAUGGAGCAGCUCAGGAACUACAUCUACAACAUCGCGGUGCAGUACUGCCCUCCCUCUCCAACAAACCUGAACGUGAUUCGACCUCCUGAUCUUGAACCACUGCUGGAGCAGAAAGUUCCGGAGACGUUUGUGAAGCUACAGGACAUAGUCAGGAGACUCGCCUUUCCUACUCCCAGCAGAACAGAGCCCCAAUCCUUUCGAGACAGGAAUACCUGGCCAAAGUGCGAGAGUCGGGAGAAAUCCAUGCGUCUAAUGAUGAGCUGGACCAGGCUACCAGCUUCCUGCACAGCAACGGGAUCCUUAUUCACUACACAGACAGCCAGUUGAGUGACCUCUACUUUGUCGACCCUCAGUGGCUCUGCUCCACUCUUGCCAACGUCAUCACCAUAAGGGAGAGAAAUCCACACGUCAAAGACGGUAUCAUCAGUUACCAAAACCUGAACCACAUUCUGCGUGGAACCAGUUCCAGAAUCGACGAAAUCAUCUCCGUCAUGAGGAAAUUCGAAGUCAUGUUCAAACUGGACGAAGAGCGCCACCUCAUCCCCUCCCUCCUCCCCCAGGACGAGGCGAACCCCUUCAUCAUUAUGCCUCAGAGUGCUCCACACGUCAGUAACGACACCGGCCGGGGUCUAACAGAGCUCCGCGUUGGACCCCCUGCCCCGAUAUCUUCCCAGCCCGACAUCCUAAUCCGUUACCUCUGUCUCCCCUUCACUCCCAAUGGGUUCUUCCCCCGACUCAUCGCACAGGUCAUGAACUCUGAGCUGGCGACACAGAUCCAGGCAUCGCUCAUGGCAGGACCUCUAGAUAGUGCCCACCUCCUGAACCAAGUCCACUGGGAGGCCUGGCGAACUGGCAUGUCUCUCGUGUGGAACCACAUGGAGAUCCUCCGCAUCGCCCCCCUCAGCUGGCCCCUCCCUCAUUCCAACGGUGCCGCCAUUAUCUCCAGUCUUCCCCUGCCCGAGGAGAGGGAGACGCUGCAAGGAAUGGAGAUCAUGGUGGCAGUUCUUCCGGAGGAUCAGACCCUCUGUUGCCCAAUUCUCCCCCCGGACCAACCCCACGACAGUGACAGUUGCAGCUGUAACAAGAGUCGUUGCAUGGCGACCUGGAUCCUUCAGAAGGUGACCGACCUGGCAGAGAUCGUGAUGGAGGAUUGGUACGAGGUUUUUGGUUUCAGACGAAACCUGAACAACCUUCUCAGCUGCAUGACGAGCCCUUGCCCGUGCUGCUUCAUGGCUUGCCAUGACCCGAGAAAGGAUGCCUCGUCAGAAAAUGGCACUCGAUCUGAGGCUGGCAGGAAGUUAUACAUGUUUACUCUUCCUUACUGCUCACUGAAUAGUGAGGGAAGGAUCGCGUGCCCUGAUCAUGGAGUCCUCCAAGUAGCUCAAGUUGCUCCUGACCUGGUGUUUGCUGACUUUGCCCCAGCCGCGCUGAUCCCAAACAAAGACGUGAAGCUACUGGAGAGGCUGGGAGAAGGCGGGUUUGCAAAAGUAUACCAGGGUCUCCUGACCAUAGGGACUGAGCAAAUGAAGGUGGCAGUGAAGGAGCUGGCGCCGAGCAGGAACCCCACUGAUCUCCAGACCCCAGAGCUGGAGCCAGAGAACCGCAGCUGGGCCGUCUACCACGAGGCAAGCGUGGAGGCCCGCAUGAUGUACCAGCUGAACCACCCCCACAUUCUGACACUGAUGGGUAUAACCCUCCACCCCAUUCGACUGGUGUUGGAGCUCGCCAGGGAAGACCUGGCAUCAACAGUCGUCCGCUACCAGAAGAAGAACAAGAGGUUCAGUAGACGAACACUCAGAGCAACUCUGAUGCAGAUAGCAGAUGCAAUGGCCUAUCUUCACUCCAGAAACAUUCUCUUUCGUGACCUGAAACCCGGCAACGUCCUCGUUUGGGAUUUCCCCCUGCCUCGAGAGCAGUGGAACCCCGACUCACAAAUUCUCGUGAAAGUGGCCGACUACGGGAUCAGCAAGCAGAUUUCGCCCCAGGGCAUCCACAGCAAGGCCGGCACGCCGCAGUACCUUCCGCCCGAGGUCCUCCUCAAUUCGGAGCACGAGGCCGCCUCGCUGAAAGUCGACGUGUACUCGUAUGGGAUGGUCAUGUACUACCUCUUCUCCUUCGGGAAUCCCUUUGGCAGCAGCCUGUUGGUUGGCUCCCAGCUCCGACACAGCCGUAGACCAGAGCUACAAACAAAGCACUGGCCCAACUCAGUUCAGAUGGUGGAGCUGAUGGCCUGGUGCUGGAGCGACAGGCCUAGACACCGCCCCUCCUUCGAGCAGAUCCUCUCAGUCCUCCGCGGAGAGACCAUCUACAGUCUGGUGGGAGGACUGCCUUUAGGGGACGUGGGAGAGGUACACGCAGCGGCUGUUAAGACCAUCGCCAUCCCUCACCGGAGACACUCCAGCACUUUCUCGCCUCCCUCCUCGGUUUCAGGUGGAAUGGGCCAGGGGCAGAGCUGCUUGAGACUGUCUUCCAUCAUCCCAGCUCGGGCCUGUGGGAUCGGAAUGGGGACCGGGAUAGAGGUUUGGUACGGAACCAUCAAAGGCAAACUGAACAUGGUCCGAUACCAUUCCACAGGGCACCUUUGUCAAGGCUGUUACACACAACUCAACUAAGUACAUCUCGUCAAUUGUGAUAGUGAGCGGCAAUAUGUGGGUGGCCACCAUUGGGGAAGGAUUGUGGGUGUACGACUCGGUGUCUCACCAGCUCCUCGCGAUGUGGGGAGAGACGGAGGAAGAAAAGGUCUACCAACUCAUCCAAAUAGAGUCCGCGGUUCUAGCCCUGACUAGGAGCGGGAUGUACCUCUUCACAGCUGAAUUAUCUGACAACUCACAGACAGUCACCAUCUUGGACCCUCUCCUUCAUCGCCCCUGCUCUGAGGCACAGAACACCGUGGGUGUCUACAUCCCUCGUAUGAGUGACGUCGCCUCGCCCGAGGUUUGGGCAUGUGCCCAGAAAGGAGAGUGGGUCCAGGUGCUCUACCCAACAGACCUCUCGAUAAGAGUCGAAGUGGAAAUACCGUCAAAUCAGAACAAGAAGAUACGACACAUGGUGACGACAGUCGUGGGGGAAAAGUACUGCGUUUUUCUCGCAGAUUGGCACAUGUUGUUGAAAUACGAGGUGAGGAGUAGGCAAAGGGUGGGGAGUGUGGACUGCCACGCUGCGAUUUGGAGCGAACGCCAUGCCACACCCAUCGAAAGUCAGCUGAAACAAGCACAGGUCACCUCUCUCGUUGCCGGGGACGACGGAGUCCUCUACGUCGGAAACAAAGUGGGGAAAAUCCUGCUCGUCAAGACGGACACUCUCGAGGUGGUUUCCCGUCUCGAUGCGUACGAGGGUUCUGUGCGAAGUCUCCAAAUGAUGCCCAUGUCCGAAGCUUUCACUCGAAUGAUCUCCUCCUUCGAUUCAACCUAUUCCCUCAGAGGUAAAAUGUCCACCACGCCCAGUUCUUCCUCCAUUGACAGCAUCUUCUCACCUCCACCUCUCUCCAGCAUUCCGGCCACACCCACCGGCUCCGAACAACACUCAGUCCUCCUGAGCUUUGGCGUCGGGUACAAGGGGGUCGUCGCCGGAGCAACCAAUCAUCCAGACGGGUUUCUUCUCCCGCACAGCCUGACGCAGUGUCCCUGCUGCACUCACUUUCUCACUCGGCCUCGCCCCGUUCCUUCAUCAACGCACCUACUGCUGUGGUCCAGGGAAGCUCACCCACACGGGAGUGAGGUUGACGGCAGAGAGGGAGAACACUUGGAUGGCUCCUCGGAAUAAAUUUGACUGUAUCACUUGCAAACGUUCUUUUCAAAAUAGUGUGCUGUUUUUCCCCAUAUCUCUGCUGGUUUUUUCUCUCAAAUUUUGGUCCUCAAACCACUAUACAAUUUCACACAAAUCAUACCUGAAUUUUAGGUCACUUGCACAAACCGCGUAAGAUG